AAUAUACAUGACAGAUGUCAUAGUCAUAUGUUUGUGUUUUGAUAUGAAAAGUUAGGUUAAUUCAAAUUACUCAAGGUAGUCAAGUUUGCCGUUGUUUAUACGUAUUUUUUACUCUCUGUAAAAUAAAUAAAUCAUUUAUUGCUUAAAACUCUUGGGAACUUUAAAAUUACUCUAUAAUCAUGGCAGACGAAGAGUAUGAUGAUAACGACGUCGGCGACGACUUUGAAGAUGAUGUGGAGGAUGAAAACAUUGAGGAACUAGAACAGCCAGAGGAAGAAGGAGAUAACAUCGAUAUUUUACAGCCAGGUCAAGCUGGAGGCGGUGUUCCAAAAAAUAAGCGAAUAACAACGAAGUACAUGACAAAAUAUGAAAGAGCUAGGGUUUUAGGCACAAGAGCCUUGCAGAUCGCGAUGUGUGCCCCUGUUAUGGUCGAAUUAGACGGCGAGACGGACCCUCUACAAAUAGCAAUGAAGGAAUUAAAACAACGUAAAAUACCCAUAAUUAUUAGGAGAUAUUUACCAGAUCAUUCGUAUGAGGAUUGGGGUAUUGAUGAACUUAUUAUUAUUGAUCAUUAAAAGGGGGAUGUGGGGAAAUUAUAUAUGUCUAAUUAUAGUCUUAACUUUAAAUAAAUGUAUUUUUGUAUGAGUUGUAA